AUGAACGAGACACCAAAGUUAUUACGGCUAACCUCAAUCGCGCGUAAAAAUAAGAAUGCACUCUACAGCCUUCUGAUACGAUGUCAUGUUACUCCCGGGUCCCGGGGCUUUCAAGGCGUCAAAAAAAUAUGCGACGAGCAGGUGUACAUUCACGUUGCAUCAGCGCCCAGAAAAGGUGAAGCCAAUGCCGCCGUUGUCAAAGUUUUGUCUGAGGUGUUAGGCAUCCCUAAAUCAGACAUUACCAUUAUGGGAAAGCACAGAGAUAAAGUUGGCCAGGUGAACGGCAUUGAGAUUGGGAAACUGUCGGAGGAAGCAUAUCUGAGCAAAGUCAGACAGAAAUUAGCAGAUGCCUGUCACGACAAAGAAGAAGAGUGA